AUGUCGCAACCAUUAAAAGUUUCCACUGAUACUUUACUAGUGCUGUUAGCAUUAUUGUUAGUUUCAUCUUAUAAUAUUGUUCUUUUUGCUUCUGGUUCUUCUUUUUCUUCCCCUGGUACAAAACAGCAUUUACAAGUAGGUGUAGAACAAGAAGUAGUUGCUCUUUUGAAAUGGAAAUCCAGCCUUGUAAACGAAACUCGCUCUCUGCUCCCUUCUUGGAAGAUAAAUUCUACUAGGAGCACAACAAGCCCUUGCAAGUGGUAUGGAAUUACAUGUAACAAUGAAGGGAGCGUCGCAGAGCUGAACAUUGCUGGUUUGGGUUUAGAAGUAUGCAAUCUGAAUAACUUGACCAUUUUAUCGAUUUAUGAAAAUCAAAUCUCGAGUGUAAUUCCCCGAGACAUAGGAAGGUUAAAUUCUCUCAACCUUUUAUCUUUGUCCUUCAACAAUCUUAAUGGUUCAAUCCCUGCUUCUUUAACCAAUUUGACUAGCCUGAGCAAUCUAUACCUACAUCGUAACCAACUUUCUGGCGUCAUUCCCCAUGGCAUUGGAAGACUACGCUUUCUUGCAAGCUUAGCGUUGUACCAAAACAAUCUAAUCGGUGCAAUCCCAGCUUCUUUAACCAAUUUGACUACUAGCCUGGUCAGCCUUUUGCUAUAUGAUAACCAACUUUCUGGCAUCAUUCCUCAUGACAUUGGAAGACUACGCUCUCUUACAAGCUUAGUGUUGUACAAAAAUAAUCUAAUUGGUUCAAUCCCUGCUUCUUUAACCAAUUUGACUAGCCUGAGCACUCUAUACCUACAUCAUAACCAACUUUCUGGCGCCAUUCCUCAUGGCAUUGGAAGACUACGCUCUCUUACAAGCUUAGCGUUGUACCAAAACAAUCUAAUUGGUUCAAUCCCAGCUUCUUUAACCAAUUUGACUAGCCUGGUCAGCCUUUUGCUAUAUGAUAACCAACUUUCUGGCAUCAUUUCUCAUGACAUUGGAAGACUACGCUCUCUUACAAGCUUAGUGUUUUACCAAAACAAUCUAAUUGGUUCAAUCCCUGCUUCUUUAACCAAUUUGACUAGCCUGAGCACUCUAUACCUACAUCAUAACCAACUAACUGGCGCCAUUCCUCAUGGCAUUGGAAGACUACGCUCUCUUACAAGCUUAGCGUUGUACCAAAACGAUCUAAUUGGUUCAAUCCCAGCUUCUUUAACCAAUUUGACUAGCCUGGUCAGCCUUUUUCUAUAUGAUAACCAACUUUCUGGCAUCAUUCCUCAUGACAUUGGAAGACUACGCUCCCUUACAAGCUUAGCGUUAUACCAAAACAAUCUAAUUGGUUCAAUCCCUACUUCAUUGGGUAAUUUGAGAAAUUUGACUUCUUUGAUUCUUUUUGGAAAUCAUUUAAGUGGCUCAUUGCCGACGGGAAUGAACAAUCUAACACAGUUGGAAAAAUUGAUUUUGGUUGGGAACAGAUUUUCUGGUUAUUUACCUCAAAAUGUUUGUCAAAGCGGAAUCCUUAAAGAACUUGUGGCAGGUAAUAAUCUUUUCACAGGUCCGAUACCAAGAAGCCUUAGAGGUUGCACCAGCCUUAGACUUCUCGGUCUUGGAAAUAAUAAACUGGUAGAUACCCUAACCGAGGCGUUUCAAGUGUAUCCGCAUCUACAAAGGCUUGCUGUGCAAAACAAUAUGUUGUAUGGUGAACUCUCGAAAGACUGGGGAAAAUGUCAAAAUUUGACAGUUCUGUCUUUCUGGGGGAACAAUAUCACUGGUAGAAUACCAUCUGAAAUGGGAAAGUUGAAGAUUUUGGGUGAACUUUAUCUUCAAUCAAAUAAGUUAGUGGGAAAAAUUCCGGAGGAGUUGUUGAAAUUGUCUUCACUGAUCAGGUUAGAUUUGAGCAAUAACCAGCUUUCUGGCAGGUUGUCUUCCGCAAUUGGAAUGUUAUCCAACCUGCAGUAUAUCGAUUUAUCAACCAAUAAACUCAUCGGAUCAAUACCAAAACAACUAGGGGAGUGUUCCAAGUUAAUUUCUUUGAAUUUGAGCAGAAACAAUUUUAAUGAAAGUAUUCCACCCGAGAUUGGAAACAUGGAUUCGUUGCAAAUUUUGUUAGAUCUUAGUUACAAUGAGUUGGGUGGAGAGAUACCAUCAGAUCUCGGAAAACUAAGCAAACUAGAAACACUAAAUGUAUCCCACAACAAGCUUUUCGGUUCAAUACCAUCUUCCUUUCAUCAAAUGCUGAGCUUGACUACUGUCAAUAUUUCGUACAAUGAGUUGAGUGGUCCUAUUCCGGAUGUCAAGGCCUUUGAAGAUGCUCCAAUUGAUGCGUUUAAGAACAACAAAGGAUUAUGUGAUCAGUAA